AUGGGGGGUUGCACUUCGAAGCCGCAGAAACACAACCCAUAUGCCGUUAGAGAAACGGAAGGUGACCCAACGCAAAUCCCGAAGACCCCGUUAAGCCCCGUCGCCGAUGGUCAUGGCCGGAAAGAUAAAGAUGACGUCAUCGCCGGGAAAAAGUCGCCGUUUUUUCCGUUUUACAGUCCGAGCCCGGCUCGUUUCCUGAAGAAGUCUCCUUCGACUCCGAGCCGGAGUACGAGCUCGACGCCGAGGAGGUUUUUCCGGCGAGCUUUUCCUCCGCCUUCGCCGGCGAAGCAUAUAAGGGCUGCGCUGGCUCGGAGACAAGGGAAGAAGGAAACUACGGCGAUACCGGAAGAUUCGGAGGAGGGUGCAGGGGAUUUGGACAAGAGAUUUGGAUUUUCAAAGGAUUUUACUAGUAAGUUGGAGGUUGGAGAAGAAGUGGGUAGAGGGCAUUUUGGGUAUACUUGUUCUGCUAAGUUUAAGAAGGGUGAGCAUAAGGGUCAACAAGUAGCUGUGAAAGUCAUUCCUAAAGCAAAGAUGACAACAGCAAUUGCAAUUGAAGAUGUAAGAAGGGAGGUGAAAAUAUUGCGAGCUUUGAACGGGCACAGCAAUUUGGUACAAUUCUAUGAUUCAUUUGAAGACCAAGAAAAUGUCUACAUUGUCAUGGAGUUAUGUGAAGGGGGAGAGCUAUUAGAUAUGAUACUAUCAAGAGGAGGGAAAUACUCAGAAGAUGAUGCAAAGGCUGUCAUGGUACAAAUACUAAAUGUUGUUGCAUUUUGUCAUCUUCAGGGUGUGGUGCAUCGAGAUCUUAAGCCUGAGAAUUUCUUAUACACUUCAAAAGAUGAAAGUUCUGAGUUAAAAGCUAUAGACUUUGGAUUAUCAGAUUUUGUUAGACCAGAUGAGAGGCUUAAUGACAUUGUUGGAAGUGCUUAUUAUGUGGCUCCUGAAGUUCUUCACAGAUCUUACAGCACAGAAGCUGACGUGUGGAGUAUAGGCUUUGAAGAAGCUCCUUGGCCAACCUUAUCUUCAGAAGCAAUAGAUUUUGUCAAACGCCUACUGAAUAAGGACCCACGGAAACGAAUAUCUGCUGCUCAGGCACUGAGUCAUCCUUGGAUACGUAAUUACAAUGAUGUAAAAGUUCCACUUGAUAUUUUAAUAUUCAAGCUCAUGAAGACUUAUAUGAGAUCAUCAUCUUUGCGCAAAGCUGCCUUAAGGGCCUUGUCAAAGACAUUAACUGCGGAUGAACUCUAUUAUCUGAGGGAACAGUUUGCACUGUUGGAACCGAGCAAAAAUGGAAGCAUAUCCUUGGAGAACAUUAACAAGGCCUUGAAGAAAUAUGCAACUGAUGCCAUGAAAGAGUCUCGUAUCACUGAUUUUCUUUCCUUGCUGACUUCAUUACAAUAUAGAAGGAUGGAUUUUGAAGAAUUUUGUGCCGCUACAUUAAGUGUGCAUCAACUCGAAGCUCUUGAUCGUUGGGAACAACAUGCCCGUUGUGCAUAUGAACUUUUUGAGAAAGAUGGAAACAGAGCUAUUGUCAUUGAAGAACUUGCUUCAGAACUUGGACUUGGUCCAUCUAUCCCUGUUCAUGUUGUUCUUCAUGACUGGAUACGCCAUACCGAUGGGAAGUUAAGCUUUCUCGGGUUUGUCAAAUUAUUGCAUGGUGUAUCUAGCCGAAACAUUGCAAAGGUCCAGUAA